AUGUACUCAGCACUCAAUCGUGGAGAACCUUUAGAACAGUAUGAAAUGGUGGAUCAAAGCCAUCGACGAUCCACCUCAGAAGCUGAAGUAAGAGAUCUGGGAGAAAAUAUCCCUUCAAAACUAUCUACUGAUUCUCGAUCAUCAGACUUUUUAGAUGACAUUGAAAAUUGUGCAUUGAGAACGGGAGAAACAAAGGACGAUUUCAACAAUGAUCCGUUUUAUCAAUCUAUUCUACGAAGGUACCGCAAACAAGGGUUCCCCUUGAAAUAUUGCAGUAUAGUGGGAGUGAUAUGUUUAAUCUUGUGGAUUGGAGGGAUUGUUGUCUAUUCACAGCAAAGUCCCUCGCAGCUUUUAAAUAACACCAAAUGGCAAACGAAUGUUAAUAUAAAUGGGGAAAACAUAACACUAGCGAAGUAUGAUCCACAAUUGAAGAAUCUUACAUUUGAAUCCUGGAGAAAUGGUGACUAUUUGACUUAUGAAGAAGAAGUUCAUUGGUUGAAUGAGAAACAGUCGCCGCAGGAUAAGAAAGGAGGAUAUUAUAUGACUUCGACUCUGAAGUCAAUUUUGAUUAGGCGGGAAAACAGUGACUAUGAAGCGGUACUUCUUCAGGCAAGAGAGUUUGCAUACCAGAACAACUUCUUUAUUUCAGAAGAAGUGAUGCUAAACCCGUCAUCCCCCGUUGAUCAGCUCAACAAUUUUCACCUUAUCAAAACUGACAGUUUAAAGCAAUGGAGACAUCUGUCGUUUGCUUUAUAUUGGGUUUAUAAUCCUCAGCUUUCGACAUUCAUGCCGAUUCAACCCCCUAAAGAAAGCAGCAGCCAGGAGAACAGAUUAAAUAUGGGAACUUCAAGUUUGGAUAAGUUGCAUUUCGCUGAGUUUUCUCCAGAUGGUAAGCUUGUCUUGUUUGCUUUUGAACAUAAUUUAUAUAUCCAGGACCUAUCUAAUCAAAAACUACUGCAAAUUACUACAGAUGGAUCACGAUACAUCUUUAAUGGGAAGCCAGAUUGGGUUUAUGAGGAGGAAGUGGUUGCUACUGACCGCAUGGUUUGGUGGUCGCCAGAUUCAAAACAUCUUGUAUUUGCAAAGAUUAACGAUACCAAAGUUAAUGAAGUCAAGGUUGAUUAUUACGUCAAGGAAAGUGCUGAGGUGAGUAUGCAAUACGAUCAACCGAAUGAAAAAAGAUAUCAACAAGUUGAUCAGUAUCCAAUCGAAACUUCUCUUCUAUAUCCUAAAUCUGGGACGCAAAAUCCUACUGUCUCAUUUCAUGUGUAUCACAUUGAUGAGCAAAAACUCGAAACUUUGCAGGACAAAGAUGAGAGUUUGGGGAGAGAUUUUGUUAUGUACCAGGCGAGCUGGAUUGAUAAGGAUAACUUUUUGGUUAAGCAGACAGAUAGAACAAGCAAAAUACUUUCAAAGAAAUUGUACAAGCCAGGAGAGGCCAGCUUUCUGUUGCUAGGUUUGGUCAACGUGACAGACUUAUAUGGAGGUUGGGUGGGGAAAAUGAAGCCAAUCACAGUGAUAGACGGCUCAUACGUUGAUAAUUUUGUCGUUGAUGGUAAGAACUAUCUAGCCCUAUUCGAUAGGGCGGGUGACGUUACCCCGCUGAAGGUAUUAAGCAAGUACCAAACAAUCAGUGAAGGGAUUUAUGACCGGGUUGAGAACUAUCUAUACUUCCUCACUAACGAGAAAAGUGGUAUGGACUCUCACUUAAUUGGAUAUAAUCUAUCAAACGAUAAAUAUGUUGAGAUUACAAGUUUAGAUGAAGAUGGAUACUACGUUACUUCGUUUUCCCGAAACGGAAGGUUUUUGAACCUCCAGUAUGAAGGACCAGAUCAACCAUGGCAAAGAUUAAUUGGCAUGGGUGAGUUGCAUGACUCUUUGGAAGACUCUGCAACCUUAAGCAAAGCCAUCUUACAACUUCCGAUGGUCAAUCACUUUGAUGUCUCCAAAAAGCACUUUCAGAACUUCAAUUUUCCAACAGUGAUUCAUAGACAGGUUGAGAUUUCCAAGUACAAUAUAGCAUUAAGUGUGAAAGAAAUCUUGCCUCCUAAUUUUAACCCGACACGACAAUAUCCGCUUUUGGUUCAUGCCUACGGUGGUCCAGGCUCACAAAAUGUGUUGAAAAAAUUUGAUAUCGACUUUUUGAAGGUCGCUAGUGCAGCGUUAAAUGCGGUGGUAUUGGUUAUUGAUCCACGAGGAACAGGGGGCAAUGACUGGAGAUUUCAAGCUUUUGCUAAUAACAGAAUUGGGUACUGGGAGGCAAGAGAUGUAAAGUUGGUUACUUCAGAGUACAUGCUGGCAAAUAACUUUAUCAACAAAGACCGCGUUGCAUUAUGGGGAUGGUCCUAUGGUGGCUUCACCACUUUAAAGACUUUGGAAUACGAUAAUGGCCGGGUGUUCAAAUAUGGAGUUGCCAUUGCCCCAGUUACUAACUGGUUGUUCUAUAAUUCUAUAUACACAGAACGUUAUAUGAACCAGCCAAGUGAGAAUCCCAACUACAGUAAUUUUGCCAGGGUAAAUGAUGUGGAAAAUUUCAAAAACGUUCACAGGUUUCUCCUCAUGCAUGGGUCUGCUGAUGACAAUGUGCAUUUGCAGAAUACUAUGUGGUUUAUUGACAAGCUCAAUACUGCAAAUGUUAAGAAUUACGAUGUUCAGAUCUUCCCGGACAAUAAUCAUAAUAUUGAUUACCAUAAUGCAAACACCCUUGUCCAUGGUAAACUAUUAACGUGGUUGCAGAAUGCAUUCAGUGGUAGAUUUGACGAUAUGUUAUAG